AUGCCCGAUCAGUCAAAGAAGGCUAAUCAGCCAAAGAAGAAUUGGGCUGGCAAUAAAGGAGAAGCCUCUCAGCCGGCGAAUGGGAAGCCACCUGGAUCUAGUGGAAAUUCAUCUACGCAGACCACAUCAGGUGGAGGAGGCAAUGCUCAGGCAGCAUCAAGCCAACCAGAAUCGCCUGCAAUGGAACGUUAUAAAAAUCAGAAGCGCAAGGACGAGCCUGAAGGGGAGAAUCAGCCUGGCAGCAAAGGCAAAGAGGAGGGAAAGGGCCAAGGCAAAAACAUCCAGAAGUGAUAGACACAGCGAUCACAAACCAGGCGGAAAAGCUCGAUGAAGCCAGGUUGGAGAACACGAUCAACUGGAGUCCGGGGCUUUUGGUAGUGACGAUAAGCGUUUCAUGGUGCCAUAUUUUACUCUGGGUCAAAUGUUAGAGGAGGAUGGAGACGUUCGAGAGAGAGAUUGAAUGUUGAGGAUAUCAGACUGUGGACCAAGAUAUUAAUCCGAGA